AUGUCGACCACCCAUGCCGGUUAUAUUCUUCCAAAUACGGUUAACUUUAAUCCUAAUCCUAAUAAUAGUAGACACAGAAAUAGAAGCUGGUUGCGACAUAAAGGUGGGUGUUUUUCGAUGGAUUUUGAACUGUUUUUUGAUUCUGUACGAUUUUUCUUGCUCUUUCUGACUUCCUUAGAAUUUUUGGCCGGUUUUCCGAGUCUCUAGAAGGUUUUCUGAUAAUUUUGAGCGGUUUUCUGAUUCUGUACGAUUUUUCUUGCUGUUUUCGGCCUUCUGCAUAGUUUUGGUCGAUUUUCUGAGUUGCUAGAUGUUUUUCUGAUAAUUUUGAGCAAUUUUCUGAUUCUGUACGAUUUUUCUUGCUCUUUUCGGCCUUCCAGCCUAUUUUUCGUUACUUCUGACGUUUUUCCGUGGUUUUUUCAAUGAUGUUGAUCAAUUUUCUCAAAAAGUUUGUAUUUUUUGUUCUUUCCUAACCAUUGCUGAUGUUUUUGUCCAAUUUUUCGUCAUUUUGAAGUUUUUCCUGAAAAUGUGUGCUAAUUUCCAGUCCUGCAGUAUUUUCUGACUGUUUUAAAACUUCGGCCGAUUUUUUCUGAUUUCUAGUCAUUCUCAUCAAGUUUUGCUGAAAAUCACGAAAUUUUCAUGCCAAAACACAAAAAUCGUGUCAUUUCCGCACCAAUUAUCUUAUCAAUCAUGUUUGAUAUGAUUGGUAUUGACAGAUUUUCCGAUUUAGCCUAACCAGGGGCCAAGUUAGGCCAACUCAGCCACAAUUGUAAGGAAAAAAAGAGAGAGAGGUGCCAGAUGUUUGCAAUAUGACUUGGCGGCUGGAUGCAUAUGUGUUUAUAACAAUAAUAAUAAUAGUUGUUGUACGAUUUUUGCGGGCUGGUCUCAUGACUCUUUGCUUCUCUGCGUCUCUCUCCCAAGAGAUUGGAGAGACGCAGAGAAAAAAGAGUGCUAUUCAAAUUUUGACUGUAAACAAGAUGGAAUGAUGCAAUUUCUUUUGCACUAACCUAUUUUUUGUUUACUUUUUCGAAAGUUAAGAUAACGUAAACAAAAUAGGUCGUAAAUUAAGAAUCUAAGGUCAUUCAGUUGUCCCAUUAAACACAUGUUCCUUUAAAGUUGGCGCACAUAAUAAAAACCAUAUGAGGUUGACCGCUGAACUCAUUUUCUUAUCGGCUUUUUUUGAGUAGACUUUAUGGAGUCAUAUGAUUUUUGAAAUGAAAAUUGGAGAAAAAUAUGUUUGGCAAAGAAAAUCACGUGAUUCUCCUUGAGAUGAUGUGUUUUCGUUUUUUUCUGUUUCGAUGUUCGAUCUUAUUGAUUUUUGAAAUCGAUGGGAAUCUUCAAUCUAGUUGUCUGCGUCUCUGACUUUUUAAGGAUCUCUAGAAGUUGUCUGGAUGUUUGCGUAUUUCUAUAUCUCCAACUUGUCUGAAAUUCUCAUAUGCCUGUUAUCUCUAGUUGUCUGACUCUCUCGAGAUGUCUGAUUCUCUCCGUCUCUUACAAUCUAGUGAUCUAUAGCCCGAAUGUUCUAGAAGCCUAUGGAAGCUUCCAGAUUUUUCUUGAUCUUCCAAAAUCAACCAAUUCCUGAUUCUAGAUUCGGGUUCAACAUCAUCCUCCUCAUCGGGAUCAGGCCAAAAACAACAAAAUCAACAUCAACAUCAAAACCCACACCAACGGGUUCCACUCGCUGGUGUUGUACAACCAUCAGCGGUUGUGCCGAUUGGCGGCGCAAUUGGCGGCGCGGCGGAUAUGGCGAAUUCGCGUAAGAUGAGCGACGACACGUCGUCGAUUGGAUCGUUUGAGAAUAUGUCGAGGUUGGUUGAGUUUUUGGGCUAAAAUUGACCUGAAAUUCAAAUUCUCCAUGAAAUUCUGAUUCGAAAACAUGCGCACUCAUGGGGAAUCGAACCUGUGACCUUUUUUCUUGACAAAAAUCAUCAUUUCCACGAAAAUUAUCGAUUUUUUUAGGCCAAUCUAUCAAGGCCGAGACACGGAUCGUUUUUUCGGCGGCGGCGAAUUCGAGUUCGACGAGGAAGAGGAUGAUUUUGAUGGAGGACAUCAACACCAUCAUCAUCAGGAUCGUGGUGGGUUUUUUGAGCGGGAAAUUUGGGAUCUGGAGCUCUAAAAUGAGCUAAAAUUCAUGGAAAAUGGAAUUUUGCAUUGAAAAAUUCGAAAUUUUAUCCAUUAACUCCGAAAAUGCGUUAUUUUGACACCAAACUCGCAUUAUUUCUUGCCACGUGGCACCUCGUUUUGUAGCUCUUGAAAUUGCCUACAAAAUGACCCCAAACACCAUAGGAACUUUUUUACCUGCCCGGGAAAUUUUUAGCGCCAAACUAGCCGUGUUCGGGGUCAUUUUGAAGCUCUUCUGAGCCUGCGAGCUUCGAAAUGAGCCUAAAUUUGUGGAAAAAGCUCAAUUUUUCACAAAAAUUUCCCCCAAAAACCCUGAUUUUGUUCCAGACUUCGGCUACGAUCUCGAAAUGGACGACGACGAUGACGACAUUGAAAAUGAGCCAAUUUCGGAACUUGUUCCACUCGGAGGAGGAACUCGUCGAGUUCCACGAACUCCGAGACGAAAAUCCACGUCGAAAUGCGGAUUUUAUGGUGAGAUUUUUCGGGAAAAUUCGAUUUUCUGGGAGAAAAAUGAGCUAAAAUGCUCCAAAAAUAGAUUUUUUAUGAGAAAAGUUUGAUUUUUUGAAAACAAAAAAAAAAUGUGUUUACACAGACCGAAAAUGGGAAGCAAACAAAUAGCGCAAAGAAAUUUCGAGCGUUUUUUGAGCUUGGUUUUUCCGGGACGCGGAAAUUUGAUAGUUUUUCAUUUUGGGCGAGGCAUUUUCCAAGAUUACUGUAUGCUCCUUUGAAAUGUUCUGAAAAUGUUGAAAUUUCCAUGAAAAUUUGGAAUUUCAUAAUUUUUUCCUGAAAAAUUUCGUCAUUAGGUUUUUUUCGAGAAUUUUCAACUGAUAAGCUUUUUUUGCAACAAAGUUUAGUUUAGAGAAAAUAUGGGAGGGAUUUUUGAAGGUUUGUUGGUUAAAAUUGGGCCCAGGGGCCUUUUUUGGGCCCAAGUUGUGUUCCUAGAUCUAUUUUCAGCCCAAAAAUCAUGAAAAAUUGACCCCAGGUUUCAUUUUUGACCUGAAAAUCUCUGAAAAUCUGAAAUUUCCGAAUUUCCAGACUUCUACAAACUCACGGACGAACAUCUUGGCUCCGGAGCUUACGGAAGUGUUACCACUUGUACCCAAUUAUCAACCGGCUUGGAAUAUGCCGUGAAAAUUGUGGAUAAACAAGGCGAAACGCAUUCGCGACAACGAAUUAUGCGUGAAGUCAACAUUUUCAAGACGUGCAAAAAUCAUCCGAAUAUUGUGCAACUUGUUGAUGUAAGAGACUGGAAAUGGGCUGAAAAUGAGCCGGAAAUCGAGCUUUUUGGGAAAAUUUGAGCCCGGGAACUUUUUUUUUUGAAUUUUUGGGACUAAAAUAGGUCUAGGGACUUUUUUGUGUCAAAAUCGAGUGAAAAAUUCGAAUUUUCACUCAAAAUUCACCAUUUCCCACCAAAUUUUCACCUAAAAAACCCCCAAAUUUUCCAGUGGUUUGAAGACGACGAAUCGUUCUACCUGGUGAUGGAAAAAAUGCGCGGUGGACCACUUUUACAACACAUUUUGUCGCGCGGAUAUUUUACCGAAGAGGUGAGCAACAAUCAUGGAUUUUGAGCCAAAAAAUACGUUUUUUGGACGUUUUUCACCCAAAAACCCAAAUUCCAACCUGAAAUUCAAUUUCAGGAAGCUCGAAAAAGUCACCAAAGACGUCGCCACCGCUCUCAAAUUCAUGCACGAUCGUGGAAUUGCUCAUCGUGACGUGAAACCGGAAAAUGUGCUGUGCACAGAUCCCGAAAUCGUGUCCCCCGUCAAACUUUGCGAUUUGGACCUCGCCAGUCAACGACAUCCGCAUAAACAGGUUCGUCGCGAGAUUUGCUCUAGAAUGAUACUAAAUUUGAGCCGGGCACGGUUUUGUGGGCGUGGCCUAAUUUUCCCGCCCGAAAAUUUGGAGAAUUUUGAGACCAAACAACGUUAAUGUUAAUGUCUGGGUCCUGAAGCGAUUUUCUUACUGUAUCUUGAGAUUUCUUAUUUCCACGUGGCACCUCGUUUUGUAGCCCUUCGAAUUUCCGACAAAAUCACACCAAACACCAAAACUAGCCGUGUGUGGGCUCAUUUUGAAGCUCUUCCCCCAGCAAGCCUCAAAUUUUUCCAGGAAAAGUUACCACAAGUCGCAUCGGAGCCGGAUUUGGCGAGCCCAGUUGGCUCGGCCGAAUUUAUGGCGCCCGAAGUUGUCGAUGCAUUCGUCGGCGACGCCUUGAAAUACGACAAAAAAUGCGAUACGUGGAGUUUGGGCGUGAUUUUGUACAUUAUGUUGGCCGGCUACGCGCCUUUCCAAGGAGAAUGUGAUGAUGAGAAUUGCGGGUGAGUUUUUUUUUUUGGUGGGAAAAAAUGAGCUAUUUCUGGUGAAAUUUGCACAAAAAAGAGCCAUUUUGGGUGAAAAUUGCUCAAAUUUGACGAAUUUUGCACCAAAAAACUUUGAAAAUGAUGAAUUUUCAACCUAAAAAUCGAUUUUUGCAGAUGGUCCGAUGGUUCACCGUGCGACGAAUGUCAACAAGUGUUGUUUCAUCGAAUCCAAGCCGGAAAAUACGAGUUUCCCGAAGACGAGUGGGAAAUGAUUUCGGACGAGGCCAAGGAUUUGGUUAGCAAUUUGUUGAAACGUGAUCCGGUCGCCAGGUACGGUAGAUUUUCCACGUGGCCGUGAAAUGUGGAGCAGAAUGAGUAUAGUUUUUCUCUGCACCCUCUUCGAUUCUCAUACUCUCUCGCCCCUCGCAUUUUUUCGCUAUCAUCUUUUCUUGACAUUUUUCGCACCGCUUCCCCAACUCACCGUUUGGCUGAGUGGUUAGCGCUUGCGCCUUGCCAUCUUGAGGUCACGUGUUCGAUUCCCCGUCGGCCCUACUCUUCCUUCAUAUCCUACACAUUGAUCAAUUUGUCAGUGAUGUCCGGAAAAGGAGGAUAUACCGUAGUUCACUGAGCACCUUACCGAAUUUCAGACCCGGCAAGGACUGGAAUUUAAAGCGUUUUCAGACAUUUUUGCGAUUUUUCGGGGCUGGAAAUUCUGAAUUUUCCACAUGAAACUGGGAUUUUUCACCGAAAAUUAAUGAAGAAAAUUUUUUGCAGAUUCAAUGCCGAUCAAAUUUUGUCGCAUCCAUGGAUUCAACAAUCGGCACCGCAAACCAUUCUUCAAACACCCUCGAAUUUGAUUUAUAGGUUGGUAUUUGGGGGAAAUGCAGUUUUUCGAGCUGAAAUUCAGGAAAAUUGGAUAAUUUUCAACAGUUUAAGUCAAGAAUUGAAAUUUUCGGGUUAACAUGAGCAAUGCUUCAAAAAUACCCUUUCAAAAUUUUUUUCACUUGCAGAAAAGAUUCGGCUCGCGACGUUCAACAAAUGUGCGAACACUUCAACGUAAUGUCGCGUUACGUUGCCGCGCGGCUUUCCGCGCGGAUGGAAGAUCUGAAUUUGACGGAAGAAGAAGCCGCCGCGCACGGAGAAUUGCAACAUUUCGGCGGCGGAAGCGGCGCCGCAACCGACGCACGCGGCUUCCUCUGCGUCUCCACAACUCCACAAACCCCACUCUCAAUUCCAUCGCAAGCGACUCGAAUCGCGGCCGCAGGCGGCGAUUUUACACCGCCAAUCAGUCGCGCCUCACCAACUUCGCCACCAAUGUGUUUGAUUGAUUCGGCCGAGAAGCGAAACGAUUCCGGCUGCUACAGUAUGUUUUCGCCACGUGGCAGUGAUUCGUCGCCAACAUCCGACUCGACUACAGUACACCAAGCCACGCCCACAAAUCGCGAUUCGAUUCAAUUGUUCGGCUCGGGAAUCGCUACGGGACCAAUUACUGUCAAGGAUACUGUAGUCGCCUCACAAAUUCACCAAUUAGAAGCAGAAGUCUAG